AUGCCUCCUCCGCCAACCAUACGGCCUGAAAAUGUGCUCAAACGAGCACAAGAAUUAAUUGCAGUCGACCAGUCUCAAGCCGCCCUCAACGUCCUCCACGAACAUGUCACGUCAAAGCGCUCAAGGAGCACACCCAUCGCCUCCUUGGAGCCGGUGAUGCUCCAGUUCGUUGAAUUGUGUGUCGAACUACGAAAAGGGAAAUCGGCCAAGGACGGGUUGUACCAGUACAAGAACAUUGCACAAAACACCAAUGUCGGCACCAUUGAACUCGUCCUCAAAAAAUUCAUCGAAUUAGCCGAAGCCAAGGUUACAGAAGCCCAGCACAAAGCAGACCAAGUACAAUCGAAUCUCGAUUCUGCUACAGUACAGACUGCUUCCAACAUCGACGAUCUCGAAGCCACCGAAACACCAGAAACCCUCCUCCUUGCUACCGUUUCGGGAGAACAAUCCAAAGAUCGAACUGAUCGCGCUAUCGUUACACCAUGGCUCAAAUUUCUGUGGGAGACGUAUCGAACAGUGCUCGAGAUCCUCAAGAACAACUCUCGUCUCGAGAUCAUGUAUCAGACUACUGCUCACCAAGCCUUCGACUUCUGCAUGCGCUAUACACGAAAGACUGAAUUUCGAAGACUUUGCGAACUCCUCAGAAAUCAUGUCUCCAACGCUCACAAAUACAGUUCCCAGAUGCAUGCUAUCAACCUCAGCGAGCCUGAGACUCUACAACGCCACCUUGAGACAAGAUUUCGUCAAUUGAAUGUCGCCGAUGAGUUGGAACUGUGGCAAGAGGCCUUCCGAAGUGUCGAGGACAUCCACAUGCUGAUGACUCUGUCUAAGAGACCUGCAAAGAAUAUCAUGAUGGCCAACUACUACGAAAAGUUGACCAAGAUCUUUCUUGUCAGUGACAACUUCCUCUUCCAUGCUGCUGCCUAUAACAGAUACUACAACCUGAUGAGACAGUCAGCUGUUGCUGUUCAGUCUGGCCAGGGAGUCAAGAGAGACAACCCGACUGUCACAGAAGAGGCUCUCACCAAAUGUGCCUCCUUCGUAGUUUUGUCCGCAUUGGCAAUCCCGGUCAUUAGCACUUCGCGAUCUCGAGGUGCUUUGGUCGACAUGGAUGAGGCACGAAAGAACAAGAACACACGCCUCACCAACCUGCUCAGUAUGCCGUCUGCCCCUACUAGAGCUCUUCUGUUCAAGGAUAUCCUGAGCAAAGGUCUUCUCAAACGAGCACGCCCUGAAAUCCGAGAGCUGUACGAUAUCCUUGAAGUCGACUUCCAUCCACUUUCGAUUUGCAAGAAGAUCUCCCCAAUUCUUACACAGAUCGGUCAGAACCCAGACAUGGAGCGAUACGUUGGACCACUCCAGCAAGUCAUCCUGACUCGUUUGUUUCAACAGUUGUCCCAGGUGUACGAAUCAGUCGAUCUCAAUUUCGUUAACAACCUCGCACAAUUUCCUGAACCUUUCCAAGUCACCCCAGCCAUGAUUGAAAAGUUCAUCAUGAAUGGUUGCAAGAAGGGCGACCUUGCCAUCCGCCUCGACCAUGUCUCCGGCAUUCUCACUUUCGACAACGAUGUCUUUUCUGCAAAAACACUGACUCCCACUGGCGGUGUUGCUUCAGCAGAAGCCGACACUCGCUCUGUACAGCGUCUCCAGAAUACUCCUGCUGAAAUUGCUCGAUCUCAGUUGUCACGACUUGCCAAGGCUCUUCACGUCACUUGCACAUAUGUCGAUCCGUCAUAUACUCAAGCACGUCUUGCCGCCCGUGAUGCUGCCCUAGCAAGAGCCCAAGCUGGUGCUGAGGAAGAACACGAGGCCAUCUUAGCCAGACGCUCGGUAAUCGAGAAACGUAAGGAGGCAGCUUCAGAUGCUAUUGCCAGGAAGCAACGUGAGGAAGAGAAUGCUCGAAGACUUCGACAACAACAACAGGUCGAGGCUGAGGCCAAGCGACUACGUGACGAGACUAAGCAACGCGAACUCAAACGUAUGCGAGAUGAGCAAGACCGAAUUCGACGUCAAGAGGUCGAGAAGCAGCUCAAUGAGCUUAAAGGAGGCAUGAAGAUUGACCUUGACGAUAUCAACAUUGACGAGCUAGAUUCAAAUGCAAUCCGCGGUAUCAAGCUCAGACAACUCGAGAAAGACAAGUUGAAGAAGGACGCCAUUGUCGCUACCACUGCCAAGCGCAUCGAUCAUCUCGAGCGGGCUUUCCGACGCGAGGAGGUCAAGCACCUUGCUGACGAUUACGACAAGCAAAAGGAACGUGACAUGCAGGAGUAUGAGCAGAGAAAGGAGAUACUGCUGGAAGAAGCUCAGCUCAAGUUCAAGGAAAGCAUUUCUCUCAAGCACCGACUUGGUCGGCUCGUUGACCAGUAUGACGGCUUCAAAUCUAACAUCGCUGCACGUCGCCACAAAGAGUUCGAGAAACUUCGACAAAAAGCAGACCGAGAAUUUGAGGACGAGAAGAAGAAGCGAAUCAAGCAGUAUCUUGCCGACAAGGAACGAAGUCAGCGAGAGCAGGAAGAGGCAGAGCGAAGAGAACAGGAGGAUGCUGAAAGACUUGAACGAGAGGCUGCUGAGAAGGCCGCUGCUGAGGAGGAGAAGAGACAGCAGCUGGCCGAGCGUAAGGCGAAACAAGAGUCUGAGAGGGCCGAGGCUGCUGCUGCCGCCGCCAAGCAGGCACAACGUGAGGCCGAAGCUGAGGCUCGAAGACUCGCUCGCAAGAAUGAAGCUCAACCCAGUCGCGCUACUCCCAUCGAGCGUGUCAGAGAGGCAGCUCCAAUGGAGGAGAGGACAACGUCAUCCGAGGGUCGUCGACCUGUCGUCGCUGGUCUCAAGCCUGGUGGUUGGCGAGAGAGAGAGGCUGCAAGACAAGCUGGAGGUGCUACCACCGCCGCUGCUCCACCAGCCGAAGACACAGCCGGUCCUACACCUGCACCAGCCACUGGUCCUGCUGCCAGAAGCGGAUAUGUACCUCCUCACCUGCGACAAGCUGGUGGCGCAGUUCGUGAUCUCCCCGACCGAUCUGCUUCGCCUGCUAACGGUGCUGGUGGACGUACUAUGGGUGGCUAUAGGCCUCCAGGCAUGCGAGAGGGACGACAAGAUUCAAGAGACGCUCCUAGAGAGGGUGCCAGGGAGAUUACUAGAGACCGAGAGAUUACCAGGGAUAGUGCCAAAGAUGGCGAUGCACCAGCUGUGAAGCCCUCCGGCAGAGGAUAUGUACCUCCACAUUUGAGGAACCGACAGGGUUAG